AUGACGGAGGAUAAUGAUUGCACUCUUGGAAAGUUUCCCGAUCAUCUCCUCAUAGAAAUUUUUGUUCGAGUACCCAUUUGGGACUGGGCUCAAGUAUCCAGUGUCAAGAAGCAGUGGGCAGCCCUUUUCCGAGGGAAUUCUUUGUGGCAAACUGCUCUCGUUAGGACAUGGCCCUUUGCUGCGGAAGGGAAACGGUGGCCUGGACCGAUUCCUCAAGGUUUAAGCAGAAGGUGAGACCCAUAUGCCAUUUUGACUUCUCUCUCUUACACACAAAUCUACAUCUACAUAUAUGUCUAUAUAUAUCUGAAUCUGGUUUUCACCAGUUUUCUUUCGUCUGAUGAAGACUGUCAAUUAAUUGAAAAACAUGCAACCGCUUGGAUGAUACUGUGAGGGUCUGGGUUUUUUAUCAGUUGACGCUUAUGCUCACUGGGUGAUUGAAGCACAUCCUAUUGCGUUGUAGUGCAUCUUGUUUUAUGCUCCCUGGAGGAUAAUUUUUGUCACCACCUUUCCCGCCGCAGACCUAUUCCCAGAUUCACGAUUACCAAGUAACUUGUUAUUUAGAGACUUUUAAUUUUGUGCACUUUAUAGCCUCUUAGGAAAAUUUCCCACUAAAUGAUGUAAAUUUAAAGAGGAACAUGAUUACCUUCAACCCGUGUCCAGCUGCCAGAAAAAUUAUUUGGCAACUCGAGUUUACUUGCGCUGAUUUACAUGAUCUGGUUUGAUAUCGAAAGAUUCUAAUGUUUGAUAUGUAUUAGGAUUGCCUGAGUUGAAUGGUUAAAAAAGGAAUCCACUGUAGUGAAAAAGAUGUAUAUGAACUUGUACGUGUUGGAUAGAGUCAAAUAGUGCUGCCAGAGAGUGUCCUAUGUGAUCCGACCCUGUUUUUUCAGUUUCUGAGUUGCGAUUUGAUGUGAAGUUGACGAGUGUUGACUGGAAGCCCCACUUUCGUACCAGGUGAGACGAUUUGACGAUUAAUAAUUUCCAAUUUAUAUAAUGUUGGUCAUAGUUAAAUAAAUUUUAACAAGUCUGCCAAUAGAUUUGGUGCAAUAUCAUUCCCCACAGAGUCUCUCACGAGAUUCGUGAGGGUGGGUGCCUUGAUUUCUUGCACACCAGUAUCGAGACGCUGUUCCUAUUCCCCAUUUCAUCACCUGUUUCGUUAGUUCAACUCAGAUCAAACUGUGCUAAAACAUAGUUCACGAAUACAAUCAAUUACUUCCCUCAAGUUGGACGGACUACCAUGGACAGAGAGCUAUAACGAUUGUGAACUGCAUUCAUGGAACCUGAAGAUAUUUCUUUCAUAUUCACAGCUUACUGACAGACAUUAGGAGGUUUGAAUGUUUUUCUUAGUAUUAUUAUUUAUGCCGUUUCAUAUUCCAUAACAGUACCUUAAAGAAGCCAUUGAGUAUACAUUCACGACCUUGAAAGCUUCGAGAAUGUCGCAACAACAAAGCCUGGUGGGGGACAAUGCCUGAUGAUGUCUGUUGCGCCGCAGGAGAUACGCAGCCUUGUAUGUCAGCCAACACGUUGUUUCAUGUGAUGGUGAGCUGGAUGAGCUCGCCGGACAUGCUUACUUGUACCUCAAGGAGCAGCUUGAACGUUCAACUGUUCUUCCAUCUCCUGGGGUUCUUCAUGGAACCAUCAUUGGUGGGUUUUCCGUUCUCCUUUUUUUUAAGCAUUUUCUUUUAAUUCAUUAAGUCCUGGAAAAAUGUUAUCUUCUUUGAAAUGAUCUGCCUUUUUUUUUUUUUUUGGGGGGGGAUAUGAAAAUAUUUUAAUUUCUUGAAAUUAAGCUCUGUUUUGUUGACUUUGAGCAGACCAGUUUAUUGCCUGCGGCAAGACAAGAGAUCGGGCCGACCAGCUCGCAUCUCAGAUCUGGAUAGCGGUCAUCAAUCAUCUGGAGGAGAACGAGCGCACGUUCAUCUUGCUCAAGCACCUUGCCCAAGAGAGAGAAGUGAGCAUGAAUCUCCCCAAGAACCAUGAUUGCAUAUAUAUCCAUAUAUGUAUAUAGAUUGAUUGAUGAAAGUAUGCGGGAGAGUAUGUGUGAUUACCUUUUGAAGCAGGAUUUCUCCUUGGGCAGGUGUUCCUGCCGUACCCGUACUCGAGAUCGUACAAGGUCCAGUGGAAGGUGUUCGAGAAGCUGUUCGUGGACUUCCGCGACUGCUUCGAUCGCAUUGACUAUUUCGACGUGCUGGCACGUGCCAAGUGUAAGUUCCAGACCAUCCCGUCCGCGUGGCUGGGCUACUAG